AUGCUUCCCUGCUCCUCACCCCCUUUGCCUGCCCUCUCUCACCAGCUAUGGCGCACCAUCCUGCUCAUGCCCUUCAAGCUCAUCUUCUUGUUACCUCUAUGGCGCACCAUUGUGCUCAUGCCCUUCAAGCUCAUCUCCCUAUGGCGCACCAUCGUGCUCAUGCCCUUCAAGCUCAUCUCCGUGUACCUGCAUGAGAUAGGCCAUGCCUCCGCAUGCGUCAUGACGGGAGGCAAGGUGGAGGGCAUCGAGGUGCACAUGGAUGAGGGGGGAGUCACUCGCACCCGGGGUGGAUGGCAGUGGUGCAUUCUGCCUGCCGGAUACCUAGGCUCAUCCUUCUGGGGCAUGGUGCUCGUGCUGUGCGCGACCAACAAGUGGACCACGCUCGUCAUCGCUGUCAUUCUCUGCAUCACUCUCUUCAUCACGCUCUUCCUCGCCAAGAAUAACACGCUACGGUUCCUGUGUGUGGGCUUCCUGCUCCUCUUUGGCCUCUUUUUCUUCCUCGAAUAUGGCAUUACCCAAUCGGUGCACCCGCUGAACCUCGCCAUCCUAUUUAUCGGCAUUAUGAACUGCCUCUUUUCUAUUUAUGACAUCUACGAUGAUCUCAUCUCACGCCGGGUAAACUCCAGCGAUGCUGAGGUGUUUGCCAAGACAUGCCCCUGCCCCUUCAACGGAGUGUGCUGGGGGGUCAUCUGGGGCGUCAUAUCGUUGUUUCUAGCUGCUGCAGCCGUCUACCUGGGCCUCGUGAUUCUAGCAUGA